AUGCAUACAGAAGUUAGCGCAGGAUUAUUUAAGGAGUUCUUGAAAAAGAAUAAAAACUAUCUAAAUGCUAUGGUUGAAAAAAAGACUAUGAUGUGUUUAGUGCGUAGAAGUAAUGCAGAGUAUGCAAAAAAACUUUCGCGGGUUAUGAUAUAUGAAAAACAUGCUAAAGACCUGGUUGUUUUAACAGAUACGAUUAAAACAGCACAAGAACUGUACGCAGAGGGCGUGCAGAAUCUUAGAAACAUCUUAUGUACCAUGCUUGACGUGCAUGAAAAGCAUACAAGUCUCAUAUUAGAGAUAUAUAAGAUGAUAAAAAGUGCUAAAGUUAUUCCAGCUAUAAAUAGUAAGCCACAAACUAAAUACGAAAAUACAUAA